ACCGCAACAACACGGACAAAACACUGCGUGACUGGUGAAAACAAGGAAGUGUAAGUCGCUGGAUAGACUUGGCACCAUUCACUCCUGACUUGUUAUUGCAAAGGCCAAAAUUCAGCCUGAACGUCGCGCAUUUGUUUUUGUACGGAACAUUUUGGGACAAUGAACAACAAAGCGUAUCCAGCACAAGCUGUGUACCCCCCGCAGACCAACCCAGCCCUGUAUCCCACGGCGAUGCAGGUGUCUCCCCAGGCACCCCCGUACGCGGACGCCCCUCCUUCAUACUCUGAGAUCUAUCAGCCCAGGUACAUACAUCCAUCCCCAGCCCCGGGGCAGCUACCUCAGAUGUCCUCGGCCUACCCCAGCACUCAGAUGUACAUGCCCCUCCCACAGUCAAUACCGGUGGGGCCGAUGGGCCACAGUGUUCCCAUGGCGUACUACCCCAUGGGGGCUCUGUAUCCCCCAGGCUCCACAGUGCUGGUAGAGGGAGGCUUUGAUGCCGGGGCCCGCUUUGGAACAGGCAACAGCCCCAACAUCCCUCCCCCUCCCCCUGGCCACCUCCCCAAUGCCGCCCAGCUCGCCGCCAUGCAGGGCGCCAAUGUGAUGAUGACACAACGCAAGAGCAACUUCUUCAUGGGCGGGUCUGGCGGGGGCUACACCAUCUGGUAACAGUGGCCGUCACCCAGGCCUCCCCUGCCCCCUUCUUCUGAUCUAAACCCCCCCUACCCCUGCUCCCCGCCCUCACCCCCACCUUCCCUUGAGGCAGCUUGCCAUGCCACAAUACUGACAUCACCUAACGGAAUGUAUUAUCCUAGUGCCCAGGGUUAAAGGUACAGUACUCCACUCUAGCAGGUGUCAGAAUUAUGCUGGACACCGCCCUCCCCGCUUGCAGGGAGGAAUAUGGACACUUCGGUGCCCUCUGUUUUCUGUUGCGCUUGGAUAGUACUGCUGCUUUUGGGGAAGCACCUUUAAAUCUAUAAAUAAAAAAGAAAGCACACUGCAGUACUAUUCUUUAAUGUAAAGUAUCCAGUGAACCUGUAGGUUUCCUUUUCGGCCAUCUUUUCAUGAGCAUUAUUUCACUUCUGAGGUUGGAAGCGGCCCAAAAAGCACAGGAUUCCACCUGUCACAUGUUCCAACAGCGGCCACCCUUGUGGAAAGCUGAAGUGUUCGUCUCGGGUUUUGUCAUGUUUAAUUUUCAGCCGAGUUGAUGCUACACGAGAAAUUGUGAUUUUGGGGUCAGUUACAGCUACAUGUUCAUUUCCACUCCAGUAUCCCUCAGUUAAACCUUUCAGAUGGUUUUGUAUUAACACCAUUUUAAAUUUGCGGAGUAAUCAUGAUUUCUGCUUUCUGUCGUUUAAUGAUUUGGGUUUCAGCCAUAAUCUUGUGCACAGGUCUGAGUAUUAACCCCUAGAAGGGCAUGUAAAUGAUGGGAUAUAAUUAAUCUGUGCCAAAUUGAAAGGGAGUGGUUUUAGUCUUCAAGACAAAAUUUAUAGAGAUGAAAGGCACUGGAACAAUAAGCAAAAUGUAUUAAACAUGAAAUCAUCAAAAGGGUGGGUUACUGUACCUCUCAAGGGCAAUGGUAGAUGAAUUUUAUUGGGUGCCAAAGUUUUGCGAGCACCAGUACUUUAAAUAAAAAACAAAGAAACUUACAAAUAUUGAGAAAUGAAACGGAUGGCUGGUCUAAGAUCCAGCUCAGAUUGGAAGGGUUGGAUGGCGUCAAAACACUUCUGUCCGUGCGCGUGGAUUUUCUGUUUCUGUCCAGAGUCGGAUGCCCAGAUGUACAGAUUGCAGCGUUUGAUUUUGCGAGAGACGAGCAUAUUCUCAUUGACUGCUGAG